UAAGAAUGGACCUCUGGAAUGAAUUAAGUACUUAACCCGAGGUACCACUGUACUGCAAAUAGGUGUGGCGUUGGGAAGCAAAUAAAAAUCUUCUGUUGGACGACUUCCAGCUCCUGCGACUAAAAAAGGGAAACAGGUUAGUUUUUAAUUUUGAAAUGUAUCAAGCUUCUAAUAGUUGGGCGGCAUAUAGGUGGACGUUUACCUGUUUGUUUUUUACGACUGAUUAGAAAAAUGCCUAUCAUGACAAGGAGUAUAAUGUAUAUGGAGGUAUGUGGGAGCACAGGGUGGUGUCUUAGACUGACUCACAACUAUUGGUCCAUGUGGCUCAGUAAUGUCCACACUGAUUGGCUGGGGCUCUCUGGGGCUUCUGACAGAGGUCAGAAUUUCCCCUGGAGAUGUUGGUAGCUGAACCUAGGACCUUUGGCAUAGUAUUGAGUAAGGCCAUUCCCUGUACGGUCCCCCUCAGUGAAAGGAAGUGUUGUCCCAUUCACUACCAAGUUCACAAGUCCAGUGCGUUAGUUUUUCCCAUAGGAAUGAAUGGUAAAAUAAAUGAAAAUGGGAGAAAACAAAACCAAGUGGUACAGUUAGGAAUACCAGUGAGGUGAAGGGUCAGUCUCUUCAGUCCCUUGUGACCCCAGUCGUUGGAAUUCAAGCAAACUUUUAUUUGUGUCACACUGCCCUGGGAUAAUGUGGUACAUUAUUUUAAAUGUUAAGUGAAUAUUCCUGAUCACAUCUACCAAGAAGUUUCUAUAAACACUAAUCUCAGUAUGAUACUACAUAGGAAAAUGCAAAAAAAAAUUACCGGUAUACAGUAUAAAAAUAUUUUAUUGUAAAAUAUUCUUAUUUAUUACUCACUCUCAACUAUCAAAAGUCAGGGUAAAGAGGUGCAUUUGCCAGAAGCUAUAUAAUGACGGUGACAGGCACACCUCUGUUACGUUGCUUAGGGCUGCCACAGAAAAUGGCCGAUUUAUAUAAGGGGGAAAUAGGUCCCUCCUCUUACGAAACAUUUUACCAUUGAGUGCGCACACAAGUUUUGACGAAUAAUAAUAGUCAUUUAUUAUUUGAUGGCCUGAGGUCAUCAAAGUAAAGUACAAGAUUAAAAUUUUUAAAAAUACCAAAAAAAAAGGAAUUCUAAAAACGGUGAGACCAUUCCUACACACUCAAAAGGCAAUGAAACCAUUCCUACCAAGGUGCAAGUCAUAAAUGACUGGGUUGUGCCUUGGGGAAAGCCUUCUUAAACAAAACUGUCUUCAACGUUCAGUAAUGUUGAACAGAGUCCCAUCUGUCGCAAUGUUUUUGCUUCCUGGUUUUGGUUCCCAUCUGAGAUCAAAAGUGACAGAAGCUCUGGCCAAACCCACAACCCAUAGCUAGUGCGCUGCUUUUGACUUGAUGGGUUAGAGAUUAUUCACAUCUGUUUUACAACCCCCAUUUUUCAUGGAUGUCAGUGGGGUUCCUGCAAGCAUUGCGGUUUUCAAAGUGAGUGUUCCGGUUUUCGAAUGUUCUUUUGGAAGCUGAACAUCCAGCAGCCAAUCAGAAGCCAUGCUUCAGGAGUUGAAUGUUUUGGAAGUCGAACAGACUUCUGCAACAGAUAAAGACGUCCCAUUAGCUAAAAACAGAUGCAUGUUGAAUACUUAAAACACACACACACAAAUGGGACUUCUAAAAUUGAAGGAGCACAGGAGCCACUGAAACUGAAGAAAGAGUUUCACAUACCGGUCCACCCAUUUGCAGCUUCAGAAAUAUGGAAAUGGUGUUAAUACAACUGAGCUCAAAUUAGUUACUUGGCUCCAGUGCUACAUUUAAAAAGGUAGAGCAAAAUGCUGGUAGCGAGCUAUUAAUUAGGCCUUAUCUGGUUCAGUACUCUUAAUUUUGAAAUAAAUUGGUGGUUGUUUAGCAGCUAUUAAUAAACCACUCUGAACAGCACAUGGUCCUUAAUAACCAAUACACUUCUUUGAAAGUGGAUCGCAGUGACCCUGAGGAAGCUUUUUCCACAUGGAUUUGCUUAGCAUUAGAGUCUAACGGAAUUUCAUGUGCAGUAGGUGGGCUGCUGUUUCGGAACAAUUACAGGGAGCCACAAACAUCAGCCACAUAUCCGUUCUCCAAGACAUCUGAAUGUGGCAUUUCUUCAUUUUGAAAAUAACCAGACUGCCCCAUUUGCGGGUGGGAAAUGGGAAGGGCCAUUUUUUUCAGGUGGGGGUAAAGUCCUUCUCCAUACUUCUUAAACUUCUGGAAACAAGAUCAGGCUGAGGAUCCAAGAGCUUCCUGGGAGCUCUUCAGAAGAUUUCCAGGGUGCUUAAUGCUGUGAAUCUUUACCUACAGUCAACCCAUAUAACUAUGCAAGUCCUAUAUCACAAAAUGCCAAUAAGUCUCCAGUGACUUCAUUGCAAUGGAAGCAGAACCUGAGGGCAUUCUGAGCCCCUGAACUCCUCAAUGCUUGGGGAAUUGGGGCACACACACACACACACACAGAGAGAGAGAGAGAGAGAGAGAGAGAGAGAGAGGCAGGCAGGCAGGCAGGCAGGCAGACAAACAAAGACACUCGUCGUCAAAGCAGGUACAAGGAUCACAAAGAAACUGUCUGGAAUGACCUCUAAAAUGUUGGGAUAUUGGGGAGUUGGGGUGGGGGCUCUAGGCCUCUUUGGCAUAUGGAAAACUAUCCUGGCAGGGAAAACGUUUUUCCUGCUGUUUUUCUACACUAAGGAAGUGUUGCCAGGAGAUGUUAUAUUGACGUCAACUGUUGCCUUGCUGAGCACAUGAUUUUUCAAUGUUUUUUUUAAAGGAUAUAAAGUGAAAAUGAAACUGAAAAAGAACAAAAGUGAGGUUUGAAAGGAGAGGACGGUGAGAGCAAAACAUAAUGGCUCAGGUAAGAACCCCUUUGAAUAGGGGACAUUGUCUAUCAAUCCCCACCCCGUCCAAAAUACCUUCCCUUUGAUUGUUUUCCCUUUGACUGUUUUUUCAACAUAAGAAUUGCCACUUGACUUGCUGACUGCCAUACACUGCUAUCUCUGGCUGCAAGCCAACGUGCAGUUUAGGAGCAAAAUGUCAUUGAAAACAGUGAGACUUACUUCUGAGUAAGAAUACUUAGGAUAGUUUUGUCUCUAGAUCAGAGCUUUCCAAACAGCAUGUUGCGACACAUUCGUGCGUUGGCUGCAGUGUGUCGGUGUUUUCACAUGAAUGCUGCCUGCGCUCCUCCUGGGCUGGAAAGGGGUUAGUUUAACCUCCGGUUUGCUAGUGAAACUGAAUUACUGUGUCACAAAAUGCUGCGUGUAUAAAAAGUGUUUCACCAGCAUGAAAAGUUUGGAAAGCUCUGCUUUAGCUCCUUCCCCCUGCCUUGCAAGUCUGACUUAGAAAAACCGUGAAUAAUCACAGGGUCCAAAGGUUGAAAAAUUCAUCUACUUGUGGGGGAAGAGAGGGAUGCUCCUGCAAGCCAUGGAUACUAAGUUUCUUGCAAAAAGAGAGCUCUGUACUGCUUAUAUGACUGUAAUUUUAUGUAAGUUUUCUUGACUUAAAUAUUUUUAUUUAAGUUAGCUUGACUUUCAUUUUUAUACUUUACUUUAUUAUGCAAUAUUUGAACUGAUUUUUGUUUCUGCCUUUGGCUCGUUAUAAAAUCAAUAAACAUUUCGUCUACUUGCACUGGCUUGCUGAUUGGAAGGACAGCAGUUCAAAUCCCUGUGAGCUCCCAUUGGUCUGUCCCAGUUUCUGCCAACCUAGCAGUUUGAAAGCACGCCAGUGCAAGUAGAUAAAUGGGCACUGCUGCAGCAGGAAAGUAAAUGGCGUUUCCAUGUGCUCUGCUUUGUGUCACGGUGUUCCAUUGUGCCAGAAGCGGUUUAGUCAUGCUGGCCACAUGAUCCGGAAAGCUAUCUUGUGGACCUUCCCAUUGCAGUGGUACUUAUUUAUCUGUUUGCACUGGCAUGCUAUCAAACAGGAUACUGCUAGCAGCAGUAAAGGUUUCAUAAAAUGAACCAUGGACGGGGGAGAAGGGAAGUCAAUGGAAAAUGUAUGGUUUGUAUUUUGGCUUAAUAUUAUGUGCAAAUUUGUAAAAUUGAAAAUGAUAAAUACAAUAAAAAAUAUAACGAUGCCACAGAGUGAGGUCUGGGAUAAAUAUUUGUCCUCUAGACAUGGUUGGAUUCGAACUCCCAUCAACCCUAGCAACUAUAGCUAAUGUCCUGGGGUUAUGGGAGUUGUGGUGCAGCAACAUCCGGAAGGCCACAAGUUCUCUAUCCCUGAGCUACAGUAUAAAAGAAAAGGCUGCCUCUGUGGCUGUGAUCCUAUGUAUUUUGGAGUGUGUUUCAUUGAAGCUAGUGGGACUUACUUCUGAGUAAACUUGCACAGCUGUUUAGCCAAGGAAAACAUGGGCUCACUUUCUUCUUGCAGAGCCCAAAGCCUGGAGACCAGAUUGAGAUUUAUCGAUUGGGUUACCAACACUGGGCUAUCUACGUAGGCGAUGGAUAUGUGGUUCACCUGACUGCUGCAGGUAAGAGCUUCUCAUUAUUUCCUAGAAAGGGUGGUUUUAUGAGAGGAAAGAAUAAGAUAGAGAUCAUUGGCAGAUUACCCCUGAAGAAACACAGCCCUUAAGGGGGGGGGAGGUUCCCCACCACUGGCUUAGGGACUAAUUGUUGCUGGAAGUUCUAUGUCCUGAUACUUGCAAUUGUUGUAAGCCAGUUAGAGGACUGCUUUGUAGCCAAGAGAUUGCAUUCUGGUUGGUUGUAAGUUGUUUUGGGUUGCCUUGGGCAAGAUAAGAGUGACUAACAAAUUUUUAAAAAAUAAUAGUAUUUGUCAAAACAACAACAACUGAUGUCUUCUUGAAGACAAUGUUGUUGAUGAAAUGCAGGGAAUCCACGCCUAAUGGUCACUGUUUCUGAGUUUCUUUUCUCUCUCUGUUCUUGAGAUGAGGGUAUAGGAAGUUCUCCCUCUAUUCGCCUGUCUGCCAACACAAAAAAGUCAGUGGUGAAGAAAGAAAAGCUUUCAGAAGUGGCUGGGAUAAACAAGUGGAAGGUCAACAACGAGAAGGACAGAAAAUAUAAAGCCAGGCCUGUAAGCGAAAUAAUUAGCACUGCAAAUGAAUAUGUUGGGAUGGAGAUAGACUACAAUGUGGUCAUGCAGAACUGUGAACAUUUUGCUGCCAUACUACGAUAUGGCCAACCAUACAGUAGACAGGUGUGUAGAAUUCAUUCAUGUUUUCGUAAUGGCAAUCUGUGCUGUGAUAUUGAAAUUCAUUCUUAAUUCCUGAUCCUGGAAAAAUGAAGUGAGAUUAAGAAGCAGGUAAUUUAAUUUAUUUUUAUGUGGAUUUAAUUUCUAACCCCCAUUUACAAAGAUGGGGAAGAGAACGGAACAUUUACUUGGAGUAUGUUGAAGUACUGCAAACCAGAACAACAAAAAAUAGAUACCAUAACAUUUAAAAAUAACUUCAGUUCAUACAUUCAAAUUGUCUGAAGUGACAAAUGAGAAGAUUAAAAACUCCGAACUCAGGUUUCCAAAUUAAUGACAGGCUUGUACCCUGAUGAAAAAUGUUGGGUCUCUAUUCCUUUAAUAUUUUUCACCACAGAACUCAGAUUUUUGCACCAAAGCAUGUUCUGUUACUUGGAAUUAAUUUUUAAAGCAUAUUUUAAACCCAGAGUUAAUUGUCUUGGAAUCUGAGAGUUUCAAAUCUGGCUAUUUUCUGUCGCCAAAAGAAACAUUUAAAGCAAUGUUUCAUAUCAACUCUGUUGUGAGAAAUGAAGGACCAUCGGUCACUGUGAAUAAAAAUGCUUAAACCUCUUAUUUUUUGCAGGCGGAAGUCGGUCUCUGGGCGACAUUCGCUGCUACUGCAGGAGCUGUGGUCACGGGUGCAAGCUUGGUAGCAGCUGCAAUCAUUGGUAAACGCCAUUAGUCAGUGUUCAAUAUAUGAAGAGACGUGUGAACAAUCUAAAAGACUGUUGGAGGACAAUCCUAGGCUGGCUUCUAAGAAGAUCCCAUUUUAAAAGAACAACAGUUAUUGAAUAAAAAUAAAAACAUCAAAUCAAUCAAGAGUUAGGUUUUCUGUCUUUAUCCAUUGCUCUGAAUUUUGGAGGAUGGCUGUGUUUCAGUUUGUGCAUUGUUUUGUAAAGUGCAGAUUAGUUAAGAAUUUGAAUGUGAAUUGAAUCAAAUUUCUCCCUGCUGCCUCUAGAUGUGGUAGAGGACACUGAUCAAUGUUGAAGUAAGGUUCAACUUACUUGAAGUCUGGUCAACUUCUGUACUUGGAAUGGAGGAUGCCGCCAUCUUGUUUCAGGCCACCCUUGACACGUACAACGUUUCGCUGCAGGCCUCGGUUGUUAAAAAUCAAUACGUGCCUGUAUAAAGAAUUCCACAACAGUGUAGCUUGUGAAUUCAUUGGUACAGUCAUACUGAGUUGCAGAUCUCCAUUUUGAAGGGAGUUGACUUCUUCUUCUUCUUCUUCUUCUUCUUCUUCUUCUUCUUUUAAGAGUUCUGCCAGUAAAAGUUUGAAUAAUAUUUUAAUGGGUCUGGACAAUGAUCUAUUCCAAAAGGAGUCAGUUCUUAUGCUUCCAGUCACUUCAAACUGCACAAUAUUAAUAUCAUAGACAAACAACUCUGUGGUUGUCCAAUUCUUCAGAGUGAACAUAACCCAGAAGGCCGCCAUAUAUUGUGUCAGACCAUUGGUCCAUUUCGCCUGAGGUAACCUGAGGUAGCCAAAACGACUCAUCUCCUGACACAUCAUUGCAUCAAUGUGGCUUAAUAAAGUGGGUGAGCGGUUUUUUAAAGCUCUCACACCUGGCAUGGAGUCAAGUCCAGCCCUUCCAUGAGACAAGGCAAAGCAAUUUGCCUCAGGCGGCAGAUCCAACCCCUGCCCCACCCCCUGCUGCCAGUCUGGCCACAGCCGCCUGUACCACCGCUGCCAUGGGUGCAGCCACAGGUGAAGGUAGCAGUGUGAGCACAAUGGUGGUGGCAGGGAUAGGGCCCAGAUCUGCAGGGGGGCUGUGUUGGAGGAGCAUUUUACACUGGGUUUGGGGUGGUGCAG